GAUGGUCUUUGGUCCAAACUGUGCAGUCGUCUCGUUUUUGGCUGCUACUAAUCCGGGCUCUGAAAACGCUUAUCUUUCUUUCCUCAAACAAGGUUACCGAUACCAGCUAAGAUAUCGCAAAGCUGAUAAUGGAGGAUUCUCCGUGUGGCAACAUCAUGAAUCUUCAACUUGGUUGAGUUCGUUUGUUUUGCAAACCAUGUGUUGUGCACGAGAUUUUAUUGAAGUUGAUCCCAAUGUUGUCUCUGGGCUUGUCAACUUCCUUGGCACUCGUCAAGAUGCAUCUGGAAAUUUUUUGGAGCCCAAAAGGGUUUAUCACAGAGAGAUGGUGGGUGGUGUCCAAGAAGGUGGAGUGUCAAUGACCGCUUAUACGAGUGUCAGCUUACUUGGAUGCUGUAGUCCGGAGGAGAAAGCUAUUCUAAUUCCUAAAGUCUGUCCUGCUGUCAUCUACAUGCAAAAAGAAGUUCGAGCCAAUCGAGUGAACCGACCAUAUGCCCAAGCAAUUGUCUACCUGGCAUUGCUUAAAGCUUGCAACUAUUCUCAUUGUGGCCUAUGUAAAACCGAAGGUGUGUGUAAUUUUGCGGUCAUUAAUAGACUGCGAAAAGAACUGCUAGCAAAAUCCAAAAUCGGUGAAGAUGGGUCCAGGCAUUGGGAAGCUGACACCUCUGUCGGACAAGCGUACUGGUACAGACGAAGACCUGCAGCUAUCUCUGUAGAAACGACUGCCUACGUCCUUGAAGCCUGCCUCGUUGUGUAUGACUGCCAAUGCGCAGCUUCAAUUGCCAAAUGGCUCAACAGCGCAAGAAACUCCCGUGGAACUUUUGUAUCUACGCAAGAUACCGUUGUUGCUCUGAACGCGUUAUCCAAAUUUGCUGCUGGAUGCGGUGUUGUAGUCGAGCAUCCUCCUGAUAUGUGCGUGACGGUGACAAGCUUGAAUACAAAAAUGGUUGUCACAAGGUUUACUGUUAGUUCUGAAAAUGCUGCUCUGAUACAACGAAUUCAGGUUCCUAUAAACGACGUCUACAAAGUGGAAACCUGCGGCACAGGACUGGGACAAACUAUUGUUCAUGUCGAGUACAACGUCCCUGAGACUAAGCUCGAGCAGUGUGCAUUUAAUCUCAGCAUUCAGGCUGAUGUUGUGUAUUUUCCAAGCAAAAGUGAAGGAGCGGAAAUUAAGUUUUGUGCCAGAUAUUUGGGGAAUGAUUGCACAAGCAUGGCUAUUGUUGAGGUGGAGUUGCCUACAGGAUAUCAGGCAUGUGAUCGUGCCAUUAACAACGCAGAGGAUCCACUUUGUCUCAGAGAUAUACUGCUUGAUAGAGGUGGGUUGCUGAAGUUUGACUACUAUGAAAUCACUGACAAAUUAGUUGUCUUCUACUUUGAUCAGCUUUGUAACAAAAAGGAUACUUGCAUUAAAUUUAAGGCUUUCAAGAUGUUUGAAGUCUUGCAUUCUCUGCCAGUUACCAUCAAGGCUUAUGACUAUUACGAACCAUCUAAGGAAUGCGCUCAGUUUUACACUUUACGUGGUGGAAUCUCAGACCUGGGACUGAUUUGCAAUAACAACAGUACUAAUCAGCCAGUGUGUAUUUGUGGGGGAAAUCGAUGUCCCAAGCUGGAGAGGAUUGAUAACAAGCUGUGUAACGCUUGUGUUCAUCACGACUAUGUCUACAGAGUUCGCGUGAUUAAAGAGGUUGACACUAACGGGUGGUUCCGGUACAGGGUCAGUAUUGUAGAUGUUUUGAAACCUGGAAUUGCUGAAGUAAAAGCGGGUGAUAAAUUAAGUCUGUGGCUGCGCGCCAUUUGCAAAAAGGAUUUCCAACUAAAGGCAGGCAAGGAAUAUCUCGUCCAAGGAAAAGAUGGCAAAAAAUUCGUUCUCGAUCACAAUUCUCAUCUCGAACCGUGGCAGGAGAUGACAAGCGAUGAAUGCAAAGCCAAACAGAAAAUGGAGUGCAUCAAGAGGCCAUGUGCUAAGCACAAGAAAUAUGAGACACGCAGAAAUUGUAAGAGGAGCCUUAGAAAAAUGUGCCUAAAUAAAUGCCAAAAACAUUUGGAUGAUUUUAGUAAUUACGUUUCAAGUCUAAAGACAUAUAAAUGAUUAUGUGAUCUGCCAUAUCUAAUAUGUUAGUAGAAUGAGUAUAGUCAAAUGUCUUGGCUAGCUAUAGUUAUUCCUUGUUUCGUAAAUCUUUUGGUGUAUAUAAUAGUUGUUACAAUACUCGUG